UUUAUUUCGCUCUUCACAUUUAUUCCCUUUUCAUUUGAAACUCAAGUUUUCAGUCGGAAAAGUCACUUUAAUAGGAGAUAAUCAACUUUGAAAUUGUUUAUAUUUUUAUGUUUUCAUCAGUUUUCCUUGCAAAGUUUCCAUUUCUUUUAUUUGCAUGAAUUGCUUCUCUGCUCUCGUUUAUUUAUAAAUAUAUAACACAUUUUACCAGAUAAAAUUUCACCAUCAACACAGAUAUGCUUACAUAUGUUCGAGAUAAAGGAAAGUUAACUGAAAAUGAAGCUCGUCCGCUUUUCUAUCAAAUCUGUGCCAUUGUUGCCGAUUUUCAUUCAAAAGGAAUCGUACUCAGGGAUGUAAAACUACGCAAAUUUGUCUUCAAAGAUCCUGAAAGAACUCAAUUGACUUUGGGAUCUUGGGGUGAAGCUAUUGUACUUGCAAAUCCACGGAAUGAUCUAAUUGAUGACAAAAAUGCCUGUCCCCUCUAUGCCAGUCCUGAAAUAUUGCAUAAAUCAACUACUCACUAUUCAGGACGCCGUGUUGAUUGUUGGUGUCUUGGUGUCAUUUUGUAUACAAUGUUAACUGGCCAUUAUCCUUUCCAUGAUCCUGAUAUCAAUGUUUUAUUCACUAAAAUACGAAAAGGACAAUUGGAAAUACCAGAUUCAAUUUCUCCAACCGCUGAAUUUUUGAUACGAAAUUUACUUAAUAGGCAACCUAAAGAGCGACUGACUGCUCGCGCCGCUAUGCAAGACAGAUGGUUCACCGAGAAAGAUGUUUACUUAGAGCCUUAUGACCUUCUUCCUGAAAGCCGACUUCUUGAAACAGAUUCUUCUUCAGCAGCAAGGUCACAUAAUACACACACAACAUCAUCAUCAUCACAUCGUACAGCAGUCAACUCGUCAGCUUCGAAUUCACGCUCUCAUCCACCUUAUUCGUUACAACAAAGAUAUUUACCACGAAACCGAGCUAACAGUCGCAAAGUUUAUACUACCUCGAUCUCAAACGACCAAAUUGUUCCACAAAUGAACACAUUCCAGCGUGAAAGUGAUGCAAUCUUCCAUUGGACACUUACUUCUGGCCUCUUGUCCUAACGUUGAUACAACCAUAGAAAACUUAAUCACUGAAUACUGAUUCAACUUAUUCAGUAUCAAUGGUGACCCGUAAAAAAUACAACUGAUCAUUAAUCAACUUAAUAAGCUUGAUUUUAUACAUAUGCUUGAUUCUCAAAACAAACUUUUCUUCAGUUUAAAAUCUACUCACUAGUGUGUGCUGCUGAAGACUUAUUUCUGGACUUUGAAGUAAUGUUCAACAACUGAUUUCUUUUCGUUGCAGCAUAAAAGAUAAAAUCAUGACAAUAAUGUUUUCCCAGACAAAAACAACAAUAUAAUGAUUAUAAUUACAAUGAAUCUCUAAAUUGAUAAAUGUGAAUAAGUUCAACUUAUUAGCAAGUUUAAACGAUUCAGUUGAAAACUGAGCCAUUUAGCAACAAAUAAUUUUUUCAAAUCCGAUCUUAAAGUCCAUUUAUCUUUUCUGGCACAUGUUGAACUAUAAAUGAAAUUAAUCUGCAAGUGAAUUGAAAUUUAUCAAUAAAAUUUAUGAAU